AUGAAUACUAUUAUCCGCUCACAAAAAGAUGUGUGCCAGUUACUUACAAAAACGCAAAGCUUCAGUGGCAAGUACAUUGAGAAUGGUGUUCACAGAAUAGAGUAUCUGGCAGAUAUGCGUAAUGAAAUAGAGAACCUAACGAUGAGGAUCAAGACUGCAGUUGAUGUUGCUGUUGUGUCAGCCAGCAAAAGUGAGGAUGUGUGGUGGCAGCUGGCUGUUACCUGCCGAGACUGGUCAGUAGCCAUGUCCUGUGUGAUGUGUGAGCUAGACCUCAUCUCCAGCAAAAUGGAGCUGGUGGGAAAAGAGAAGUUCCGGGGACUGCAGAGUCAGGCAGCAAAGAGAAGCUCACAGGUGGUGAACAUCCUGGAAGAAGAGACAGACUCUGUGCUGGAGCUUGUGGACUGUGUGACUGUGGGAGACAACACAGUGAAGUCUAGAAGCGGAGAGCUGGUUGCUGAACUUCAUGCAGCUCUCUCAGAUCUGCUGGCCAUUGCCAAACUGCCAGCUCCUACAGCUGGGACAUCUCUGGAGGAGCUCUUUAACAGUCUGAACCUGAGGCUUGCCAUCAGCAAAUGGGUGGAGAAGGCAACUGCCGUGCAAGACAUGGUCCGUAGCAACUGCUACGAGUAUUUUGGCCUCACUCACCAGCUUCUGUUGCGCGUACAAGAAAUAUUAAAUGAUGAUCUCCAGGAAGCUGCGAAGAAAAAGGAGAGGAAUAAACUCUCUUGUGUGUUUCUGGAGAGGAGUCAGCACAUGAAACAGCUGGUCUUGAGGGCCAUACAGCCGUCUCCUGACCUGCCUCGGCGUGUGGUAGUCAGGUCGACUCUGGACACACUGUCUGAGCUGACAACACAGAUUGAGGGAGUCCUGAGAGUUUCUGCAAAGAUGUCAGAUGCAGACGUGAACUGUCUGUCACAACACUGGGCUGCAAGAAUGAAGAAACUGGUCUUCAAUAUGCAGAAAAUGGAUGGAGUAGAAGCUUCUGUUUUAUUAG